GUCACAAGCCAGACUUCACUUCCGGGCGAGCGAAUCGUGGAAAGACCAUGGUUACGAUUGGUCCCUCCAUGACAAGGAUUUAAUUUUGAAAAUUUCUCUAUGGCUUGGGAGACACCGCAGUCCAGACUCCAUCUAAUCCUCCGGCUCUUAGACUAAAAUCAUGUCCAAGUUCAAGCAACGAAGAAGAAAGCAAAAAGCCAAAGCCAAAAAAUUAUUCAAGAAAAAAGAAGCCUCUAGAUUUCUGUCCAAGCUAAUUGCACCUCCUCCUCCCCCACAGUCACCAGAAAGAGUGGUUAUUCCUCCAACAGAUACGCCCAAUAGCAGAAGCUGGCUCAGGUCAACAUGUAACUUCAAUUUUCCCAAUAUUAAAGAUGCAGUAAAACUUUGGACAAAUAGAGUGUGGUCUAUAUAUAGCUGGUGCCAGAACUGCAUAGCCCAGAGUUUAGAAGUAUUGAAAGACACCAUUUUUCCAUCCCACAUCUGCCGCAAAGAACUUCACAGUUUAAAACAACGGUUUUGCAUUUUAGAAAGUGAAUUCUGCAAGCUCCAGGAAGCACUGAAGACUGUCUCAGAAAAUUCUUCUUGCCCAAGCUGUGGUCAUAUGUGUCACUUGAGUGGUAAACUUACAUGUGUGCCUGCCUGUGAGCUCACCAUCCCUGGAGAAUCCCAAGCUGCACUUCCUGCUGCACUGCCCCAACUAGCCAGCCAUCUUCCUCCUCCUCCACCUCCUCCACCACCUCCACCUCCUCCACCUCCUCCUCUACCUCCUCCUCCACCACCGAUAGCACCUUUGCUGCCCAGAAAAGCUGAUCGCCCUAAAUCACUUCAGGCUGGACCAUUAAAAAGAGAUGGACCCAUGCAGAUAACAGUUAAAGAUCUACUGACUGUGAAAUUAAAGAAGACACAAAGUUUCGAUGAAAGGAAGAAGCUUGUACUAUCACCGAAGACACGGAAUCCCCUAGUUACCGUCUCUGACCUGCAGCGUGUUACCUUGAAACCUAACUCCAAAGUGUUAUCAACUCGAGUUACAAAUGUCUUAAUAACUCCUGGUAAAAGCCAGAUAGAUCUACGGAAACUACUUAGAAAAGUCAAUGUAGAGAGGAGCCCAGGUGGAACCCCUCUUACCAAUAAAGAAAAUAUGGACACAGGAACUGGACUGACCCCAGUAGUGACCCGGGCCUUGAGGAGAAAGUUUCAGCUGGCUCACCCCAGAAGCCCAACACAAACUCUGCCACCUUCUGCAAGUAGCUUUGGUGAACAAAACUGAUAUCAACUCUGCUGACUUCAUGUAAAGACCCAUAAAAUAUACAGAUAAAACCAUUCCAAAUCCUUUCUUUUUUUUCAAGAUGUAGUAUUAUAUAUUAUUCUAAUAUAUAAUUCCAUGUGAAGAAUUAGAUGUGUGGACCCUACAUAUACUGUGGUACAAAGUGGGUAUUUGAAUAUUUUCAGUUUGCAUGAUCUGUAAGAUAACCAGAUGCAAAAAUGGAAUCUCCAAAAUGAUAUUUACCCUGGAAUUAUCCAAUUUAGGUUGGAGAGAAAACUAGUUUGUACUGUAUAGGUACAGUAUGACAUUAGGAAAAUAGCCUGGUUCCUGUUUAUCUUGGGAAUAGUCAGCGGAGGAAGGUAAUGGCCCCACUAAUUCUCUUCAUUCUGUAGGGGCUCUUUGGUAAUUGAAAGGAAAAUUAUUUUAGCCUGUAAGCUUCAUCUAUUUAUUAAGUGCUACACUGGCAGCUUGAUCAAUUAAAAAGCCUCCCUUGAUAUUAUUUCUCUUCACUACAAUUAAGAGUUAAGAUUAUUCUCUGUCCAAAUUCAACUAUUUUCCAAAAAGAACUUGAAGUAAAAGGCCCAAAGUAACCUAAAAAAUUAAGGUGUAUCAUUUCUAGCACCUUAAUUACAGUAGUUAGUUAUAUCUGGCUCACUGAAGUCUGAAAUAUUCCUUACUUUUGUAUCUACUACCCAGAUUCAGGCAGAUAAACAUAAAUUUCAUGAGGAGUUCAAAAAACCAGAUAUUUUCCAUCAUGCCGUGCCAAGGAUUCUCUGAGGUCCAGAGCAGAUUCUCUGUGAGGCCUAUUUCCUUGUCUUUACCACCCCGUGGACUCAAAAACAGUAAUAAUGCACCUCUCACGGGAUUUUGGUCCUUCUUGCCACUCUAGGGUUGCCAGAUUUAGCAAUUAAAAAUACAUGACACUCAAAUUUGAAUUCCGUAUCAAUGUUUUAGUAUAAAUAUGUCCUAGUAAACAGUGAAUAUGUUUUUAGCAUAAAUAUGUCCCAUACAUUACAUGGGGCAUAUUUAUACUAAAAAAUUAUUCAUUGUUUAUCUGAAAUUCCAGUGUAACUGGGCAUCCAAUGUUUUAUCCAGCAACUCUAUCAAGCCAGUCUCCUACAAAGUUGCCAGGUAAAUCUGGGGAGCCCCAGCUUGGCCGUACUUGUCUGCUCAGCAGUAGAUAUUACUGUAGCUUCAGCCAGGAUCCCUAUCACAUAUGUGCUAUGUAUCGUGGAGGAAGGGGAACUCUCAUUAGAGCGAAUGUGACUGAAGGCAUAGGAUUAGCUUUGAUGUUGAUAACCUCCUCUGCAGUUCCAAGAAUAAGGAUAACAGCUCCUCAUGGAUAGGAAACAACGGGAUUCAGCUCUUUACUAGAGUUGCUGUAGUGUGUACAGCUAGCCUGACAGGAAGUAGCUACACAGAUAAUAUCCUUAAAAUGUCCCCAGGUUAGCUUAGGCUAAAAAGAUACUUUAGGAAAUUUCUAGAAGUGCUUGUAUUUCCACAAAAUAAACAUUCCUCUGAAAUGCCAAGUACGGCAUUGUUGGAAAGUCACCAAGCUGGAAAGCAGACCUGGGGACAAUGUUUAUCACCUAAGAGGGAGUCUGGUUUAUGAGACCCACAUUAUAUUUACAACGCACUUCUGGAUGAAAAUGAAAACAGUGAAGUUAAGAGACAUGUCUGCUUCUAGUAAAAGUUGGGUUUUGUUUUGUUUUUUAACCUGUUAAUUACACUUAGAUUAUGUAAGAAUAAAGGGAAUGAUCACUGAGAAUCAACUAUUUUAAUGGAAUGAUAUUUUAUGAGGCACAUAUAAUGUUUAUAAUAUUCAUAAGCCUCCAUGUACUAUGUCAUUUAAAUGAUUUGAUCAUUCUUAUGUGAUAAAAGGUUCAUAGGAAAAAUGCCAUAGAAGUUCUAUAGCUAAACAUUUGCAAAGCUGCUACUGCCACUGUACCAGUAUUAAAAUGUGUUCUGCCUUGCAUCUUUUACUAUUUUUUAUACUGUACCUAUUUGACUACCCUUUGAAUGUUAUGACUUCAUUAAACAAUUGCUUAUCAUAUGCUUUCAAUAGCUACUUUGUGCCUGGAUGACAACCAGAAAAAAAGAACAACCAAGAUGCCCCUGGUUGUUUUUAAAUAAAGAUUAAUAAAAAACCUUUGAUCUUUCUUUCUUUUUUAAACGCUUUUUUUACUGGAAAUGCAACACAUACAGAAAAGUGCACAAAACAUAAAUAUACAAACUAACAAAUUAUAAAGCAGAUGCCCAUGUAAACACCAAAA